AAAUAAACAGAUUAUUUGAUGAGAAAGAAACGGCUUAAUUGAUAAAUGCUGAAGUAUUAUUAAUAAUCAACUUUAUAUAACUUGUUUGAAGGGAAAGUGAAAUGUCUGAAGAUAUUUUGAAUGUAGAUGAAAAUAUAAAAUUCAAGGAAGAUUCUUUUGACGAUCAAUUUUUACCAAUCGAGCUUCUUGGUACAAAUAAAACAUCUUUGAGUGGAGUAUCCGAAGAAUUCAAUUUCGCAUUACCUAGCUUUAGUGCAAAAUCAAAUAUGGUUGUAGAAGAAGCAAGGUACACAUACCCUACACAAUUAACCAACAGUUUUGAUAGAGAAAAUUGGACAGUAUCCACCGACCAUUGUUAUGCUAGACCUUGGAAUUGGCGACCAGAAGCUAGCUUUUUAAAACCCACUAAAACUUUAUUCAUACCUAAACUAGUACCUGUUAAAAUCAAGUCAACACCUAAUCAAGAUUCAGAAUUUAUAGAUGUUGAAGCAGAAGUUGAAGUACCCGUACCAAACUAUGAUGUAGACAAAGCUAAAAUUUUAAUGGAAGAAUGUGAAAAAUUUGCUUUCUCUGCGAAAACUGAUUCUGAAGAAGAUUGGGAAGAAAAAGUUUCAAAAUUAUACUGGACAACUAAUCAAAACAAGUUGUUUAAUGGUAUGGUGAGCAUUCUAAAUAAUUUCAAUCUGGCAAGACUAGCUUAUUCCAAUUCCAAAAAUGAACCAUUGUUAAGAAGAACUGUAGUUGAUAAAGCUGUACAAAGAUUCCGAAGACUUCUAGCAUCAGUCUUAUGGGAUCCUAAAUUAGUUCAGUGGUUACAUCAACUUUUGGCAGAUAAUUUAGGUCCACAUUACUUAGCAUUCUAUCUUGAUAUUCUACAGACUUUAAAAUCAAAACUUCCAACUUUUGUUGAUAAAAUGAUGCAUGGGUCUGCAGCGUCAGUUCGUAAUGGCACUUUGAAUAAUUCUAACUUAGCACCGUUAUUAGAAAAACCAUGGGAUCCAUUAUCAACUACCUUGAUGCAAGACAAACCAAAGAAACUUCCAGGAAACCCAGUUAUAGUAGUUGUCCCAUCAGGUCCUACAAUCUCUAAAAUGCUUCAUAAGUGGAUCAAUUUGCUUAGUAAUCUGGCUACUGUUGUUACAGUUCCAGUGAAUUUCGGUUCUACUGGACACAGAAUGGCAAUUCCUACCAUUUUAGAUCAGUUAUUUUCAGUGACUAGGGGAAAAAUUCAAGAUGUACGAGAAGAUUAUCCUGGUAGAAAUAUUAUAUUAGCUGGAUUUAAUAGUGGGGCAGCAUUAGCAUUACAAGUAGCACAAGUUGAAUCUGUUCUAUGUGUUAUUUCAAUAGGAUUUUCUUUGCUCACUGCAGAAGGUCCAAGAGGUGAACCAGAUGAUAAUAUAUUGGAACUACAGUGUCCUGUUUUAUUUAUUGUUGGUCAGUGUUCGAGUACAUCUACCCAAGAAGAUUUAGAAGAUUUACGAGAACGGAUGCGAGUGGAAACAGGUCUCUUAGUAGUAGGAUCUGCUGAUGAAUAUUUGAGAGUAUCCAAGAAAAAGAAAAAACAAGAAGGUAUAACACAGAGUAUUGUAGAUAGGUGCAUUGUGGAUGAGAUAGGCGAAUUUGUAAGUGGAUUGAUCCUCUCGCCGUACCCACCGCAAAUACGACAAUCACCUGCUCAUGUACCUCCUGAAACUCCAAUAAAAAAAGGUAAUGCUGAACGUAAACGCUACAACUCUAACACAAGUUCUUUGGAUAGUGAACCGCCUUCUCCGACGCCCGCUAGGAUACCUAGACCAGUAGGCAGACCUCCUGGUUCAAAGACUAAAAAUCGUCUAGAAGCAAAAUGGGCACAACAGAUAGCUCAAGGUAAUACACCGGCAAAUCCUAACUCGGCUAGUCCAACAUCUCCUCCUUAUUCAACUACACCAACUCCCGAUACCUCUUCCAAUGACAGUUCACAUACAGACAAAACUCACCUUCAAAAUGCCAAACCCGAUCAAUCUUUUAUACCGAUCAAAAAAAUCAAAACACUUAAGCCGGUAAUCAGCGUCGAACAAAAAACAACUUCGUCGCCACCUAAAAAUCAACCACAACAACAACCAGCUAGAACGCAAGCAUUUGCUAUGAACAGAAAUUUAGUUCAUGGAAAUACGAAUAUUUCAAAUUUACUACAGGGUGGUAUUAAAACGAUACCACCAACAAUUCCGAAAGCAUCAACUUCAGGAAUAAAAGUUUUAGAAAACGUCACUAUUAACAGCAACAUUACAAGCAAACUAAUUCCAAACAGAUCUAUCGAUUUAUCAAAAAUUACAUUAGUUAAUUCUAAAACACCUAGUACUUCUAUCAGUAACGUAUUACUUUUACCAGAUGGAAAAAUAAAAACAAUUGGAGCCAAUAUGAAAGGAACUGGUUCGACGCCGAUCAUGUUACCUAUAAGUCAACAAAAAAAUGUAACAAAACCAACAACACUUUCCGGAGCGAAGUACAUUACAGGCAAACGUCAAUUGAUUAAUCAAAAACCUCCUCGACCUAUAAAGAAAUCUAUCUUUAUACCUUCUGCGAAUAUUGAAUCAAAUUUACCGCCUCCAACAAAUUUAACCACUCAAGAUAUUAUGGACCUUCCUAUAAUUUUCGCUGACGAUAAUCAAAUCAUCAAUACAAAUACAACAGCAAAUUCUACUAUAACCGUAAAUACAACAACCACAGUUUCUACUACACCGACGUCAAUUCAACUUAUUACCCAGGUACCAAAAGCUGUGACUCCAGCUAAGUACAUGCUGGUUAAUAAACAAUCUAUAUCACAAGGAAAUUUUAUUAUAACCCCCAGUAUAAAGAGGACUAUUCCAGCGACCUUUAAUAAACCAUCUAAAUAUACAAAGAUCAUUCUCUCUUCCAAAAAGACUAACUUGGAAGAUCUAAAAACGGCUCCUAAAGUUCCAUCUCUAUAUUCAGAGUUAACUGGAAAAAAGGUGAUCAACACUCAGGGGCAAAUAAUAAAAACCCUUGCACCCCAAGCUGGUACAGUGGGACUUGUAGAUCUUGAAAAUGAAAUUAAAGCAACAGCAGUACCAAAACCAUCUUUGUGCAUAUCUGACAUUAAGCAAAUUAAAAUACUUCCCAAAGUUUCUGGAGAGCUGGUAUCUGUAUCAUCUAUAAAAUCAGAGUCAUCUCAGAAGAGAUCGCCCUCCGUUGAUAUUGAUGAGAAUGAUCCAGAUUAUAUUCCUCCCAAAAAUUUGAAAUUGGAGUGACCAUGGAUCCUUCAAAAAAUUGUUUUUAUUAACAUGGACAAGUGUGUUUAUUUUAGUACUGAUAUUUAUUGUUAUUCGAUUUAAAUUUUUUAAUAAAAAAAAUAAUUGAGA